CUACGCAUGCGCAGUUGGUCAAUCCUCCAUUUUGAAUUUUCCGCUACACGAAGGGACUGAGUCAGUCAUUUCGUUUCUCUCCACAUUUCCUCACAGGUGUAGCUUCUCCAGAAUCUGCAAGAUCAGUCAUGUCUGCUUCCGACCCAAGACUGAGACAGAUCAAGAUCAAGACUGGUGUCGUCAAAAGAAUUGGCAAGGAGAAGACGAUGUAUGGAAAGGAGGUGCUUAAGGAAGAAGAAAGACUUGAGAAGUUUAAGUCUGAAGGAAAAGAUGACCAUGACAUCAGAAAGCAGGAGGAGGUUUUGCAGGAGUCAAAGAUGAUGAUCCCAGACUGCCGCCGGCGACUGAUGACCGCACAUGAGGAACUCACAAAAAUGCUGGAGGCAGAGGCAGACCUGAAUGAGACAGAAGAGUUCAAAGCAGCACAGGAGGUCCUAGAUGACGCAUCCAAACAGCUUGCAGAACAGUAGGAGUGUCCUAGGAAGCCUGUAAACUCAAGCUACAGCAGUCCUCACAUCUGCUAUACACAUGUAGUCAUGUGACUGGUGUUACCUGCCAGUGUGGCACUGCACUUUUUCCAAAUAUGGGUAAUAUCCCAUGGUACAUUGCUACUGCGCAGUUCAUUCUCUCCAAAUAUUGUAGUUUUCUGCAUUGCACUAUGAUGGAAAAAUGAUAAACCAAUUCACAGUUUAAACUCCACAUGUGCAUGUAGGUAAUAUGUCAAACGUGAAGGUUCCAAACUUGUAAACCUAAACCAUGCUUAAUCAGGCGGGUUUUGUUUAUGUCAAAUUUGCCUUCAUCUUUGACAUAUUACCCACAAUGUAUCAUGUGCAGUUUAGUCCACCCAGCUGAUCGACAUGAAACUUGUGAAUGAAGUACUUUUGAUAAGAUGAUAUUAGAUGGCACACUUGGGGUGAUUUGGGAUUAUAGUUAGAAAUCUUGUGCUUUACUUCUGUCUACUGACUAUGCAGGGUUUAUGCGUGAAGAAGGAAUUGAUUAUGUAAAAUCUAAACAAAAAUGUUUGUAAUUGAGGUGAAGAAUCUGAAUUUGAUGCUUGAUGAUGUAUUGUAAUUAUGAUAAUUUGUGUGGUGUAUUUGUUUUGCAUUUAUUAACAACAUAUCUUCUCAAAGUAAACUACAACAAAGAAGAAAAGCAACCUUUCUGUAGCAUUAUGCAACAACCACUAGUAUUGGCUAGUGUUAAGCUGUUUGAAGUGUAUUCAACAACUGAGAGAAAAUCUCCUUGAAGCUUUAUCAAAUAUCCACACCUCUACAAACUACCAUUUUUAGAAAAAUAUUGAAAUGUUUCAGUUUCUAUUGUUAAGUUUAUCUCACUACACUACAGGUUUUGUUUAUGUCAAAUUUGCCUUAGACAAAUAUUGAAACGUUUCAGUUUCCACUGUUAAGUUUAUAAUACACUACAGAGUUAUAAAGGAAUCUUAAACUAUAGACAUCAAUGUGUGAUUUUAUUUUAUUUGUGUGUAACAACAUUCCAUGUUUUAAUUUGAAACAAGAAUAGAAAAUGUUGAUCUUAUCUUA